AUGCUGACUCUCGCGCGCACUUUCACGCACUCUCUCAUGUGCUCUCUCACGCGCUCUCACGCACGUGCUCUCUUGCGCUCUCACGCGCUCUCUUGCGCUCUCUCCCGCGCUCUCUCACGCGCUCUCUCACGCGCUCUGUCACGCGCUCUCUCACGCGCUCUAUCAAGGCGCACUCUUAGGGGCACUCUCAGGCGCUCUCUUUCGCGCUCUUUUUCCCGCACGCUCAUGCGCAUUCUCUCUCUUACGUCCUUUCUCUCGCGCACUCUCACGCACAUUCUCUCUCUCAAACGCUCUCUCACGCGCACCCUCACACGCUCCCUCACACGCUCUCUCACGCGCUCUCACACGCGCUCUCUCACCCGCUCUCUCAUGCGCACUCUCACGCGCUCUCUCACGCUCCCUCACGCGCUCCCUCGCGCACUCUCAGGCACACUCUCACGCACUCCCUCUCGCGCUCUCUCUCGCGCACUCUCACCACAUUCUCUCUCUCGCGGACUAUCACACGCAUUCUCUCUCUCGCGCUCUCACGCGCACUCACACGCACUCCCUCACGCGCUCUCUCAUGCUCACUCUCACGCGCACUUUCACGCACUCUCUCAUGGGCACUCUCAGGCGCUCUCUUUCGCGCUCUUUUUCCCGCACGCACACGCGCAUUCUCUCUCUUACGUCCUUUCUCUCGCGCACUCUCACGCACAUUCUCUCUCUCAAACGCUCUCUCACGCGCAUUCUCUCUCUUACGUCCUUUCUCUCGCGCACUCUCACGCACAUUCUCUCUCUCAAACGCUCUCUCACGCGCACCCUCACACGCUCCCUCACACGCUCUCUCACACGCUCUCACACGCGCUCUCUCACGCGCUCUCACACGCGUUCUCUCACCCGCUCUCUCAUGCACACUCUCAUGCGCUCUCUCACGCUCCCUCACGCGCUCCCUCGCGCACUCUCAGGCACACUCUCACGCACUCCCUCUCGCGCUCUCUCUCGCGCACUCUCACCACAUUCUCUCUCUCGCGCACUCUCACCACAUUCUCUCUCUCUCGCGGACUAUCACACGCAUUCUCUCUCUCGCGCUCUCACGCGCACUCACAUGCGCUCCCUCACGCGCUCUCUCAUGCUCACUCUCACGCGCACUUUCACGCACUCUCUCAUGUGCUCUCUCAUGCGCUCUCUCACGCGCUCUCAUGCGCCCUCUCGUGCUCUCUCACGCACUCUCUCACGCGCUCUCUCAAGGCGCACUCUCAGGCACACUCUCACGCACUCUCUCUCUCGCAUUCUCACCGCGUUCUCUCUCUCACGCGCUCCCUCACGCGCUCCCUCACACGCUCUCUCACGCGCUCUCUCACGCGCUCUCUCACGCGCUCUCUCACGCACUCUCUCACGCACUCUCUCAUGUGCUCUCUCACGCGCUCUCACGCACGCGCUCUCUUGCGCUCUCUCACGCGCUCUCUUGCGCUCGCUCACGCGUUCUCUCACGCGCUCUCUCACGCGCUCUCUCACGCGCUCUCUCACGGGCUCUCUCACGGGCUCUCUCACGCGCUCUCUCACGCGCACCCUCACGCGCUCUCUCAUGCGCUCCCUCACGCGCUCUCUCACGCGCUCUCUCACGCGCUCUCUCACGCGCUCUCUCACACGCUCUCAUGUGCGCACACACUCUCCCUCGCGCUCCAUCUCUUUCUUCUUCAAAUGAAAACGGCGGAGAGGGAAGGAGAGGCGACGGCGGGGAGUGGGGAGAGGCGACCGCGGGGAGGAGCGAGAGGCGACGGCGGGGAGGAGGGAGAGGCGACCGUGGGGAGGAGGGAAAGGCGACGGCGGGGAGGAGGAGAGGCGACGGCGGGGAAGGAGGAGAUGCAACGGCGGGGAGGAGGAGAGGCGACGGCGGGGAGGAGGAGAGGCGACGGCGGGGAGGAGGGAGGCGACGGCGGGGAGGAGGCAGAGGCGACGGCGGGGGGAGAUGCGACGGUGGGGAGGAGGAUAGGCGACGGCGAGGAGGAGGGAGGCGACGGCGGGGAGGUAAGGGAGCGGAGAUGGCGGGGUGGAUGGGACGGAGUGAUUGUGAGGUGGGUUGGAGAGGUGUCAGCGGGUAGUGAGGGAGAGGAUACGGCUGGAUGGAGCGAGAGCGACAGCUAG